GGUGUCCCGCCUCUUCCGCCUUCACAGCGGAGGUGGCGGCGGUGGCCAGCAGGCGGGUUCCCUGGGCGGUCCACCUGCGCGUCGCGGAGCCGCGCCCUGGGGGUCGAUGGCGAUGAACUAUAACGCGAAGGAUGAAGUGGAUGGUGGGCCCCCGGGUGCUCCUGGGGGCACCACUAAGAACCGGAGACCAGAUAACACGGCCUUCAAACAGCAACGGCUCCCGGCUUGGCAGCCCAUCCUUACGGCUGGCACGGUGCUACCUACCUUCUUCAUCAUCGGCCUCAUCUUCAUCCCCAUUGGCAUCGGCAUCUUCGUCACCUCCAACAACAUCCGCGAGAUCGAGAUUGAUUAUACCGGAACAGACCCUUCCAGUCCCUGCAAUAAAUGUUUGUCUCCGAAUGAGACACCGUGUGUUUGUACCAUUAACUUCACACUGGAACAGUCAUUUGAGGGCAAUGUGUUUAUGUAUUAUGGACUGUCUAAUUUCUAUCAAAACCAUCGUCGUUAUGUGAAAUCUCGAGAUGAUAGCCAACUAAAUGGAGAUCCUAGUGCUUUACUUAAUCCCAGUAAGGAAUGUGAGCCUUAUCGGAGAAAUGAAGACAAACCAAUUGCUCCUUGUGGAGCUAUUGCCAACAGCAUGUUUAAUGAUACACUAGAAUUGUUUUUGGUUGGCAAUGAAUCUGAUCCUACGCCAAUUAUUUUGAAAAAGAAAGGUAUUGCUUGGUGGACAGAUAAAAAUGUGAAAUUCAGAAAUCCCCCUGGAGGAGACAUUCCGCUAGAAGAACGAUUCAAAGGUACAACAAAGCCUGUAAACUGGGUUAAACCAGUAUACAUGCUGGAUUCUGACCAAGAUAAUAAUGGGUUCAUAAACGAGGAUUUUAUUGUUUGGAUGCGUACUGCAGCGUUACCUACUUUUCGUAAGUUAUAUCGUCUCAUAGAGCGGACAAAUGAUUUACAUCCAACGUUACCAGCUGGACGAUACUAUUUGAAUAUCACGUACAAUUACCCCGUACAUUCAUUUGACGGACGAAAACGGAUGAUCUUGAGCACUAUUUCAUGGAUGGGAGGAAAAAAUCCAUUUUUGGGGAUUGCCUACAUCGCUAUUGGAUCCAUCUCGUUCCUUCUGGGAGUCGUACUGCUAGUAAUUAAUCAUAAAUACAGAAACAGUAGUAAUACUGCUGACAUUACCAUUUAAUUUUAUAUUCUGAAAACAGAUUUACUGCAUGUGCAUCAAGGCCAGUCAUAGUCAACCUAGCUUUCAAAUGCUGAUGUCUGGUUAGUAUGUCAUUUUUGAAGUUGGCACAUAACUUUUUUUAAAAAGCAGUCUUUGUCCUUUGCUUCUUCCUUACUGAUGACUUAUGAAAAUAUAUGACGGGUAUAAAACAGAUUAGCUCAGUUGAUCAUAUCAACACUGUAACUGCUGACAUGGCAUCCUGAUGUGUGCUUUUUGUUGGGACCGGCGAGAUGAUGCAUAGAGCCUCUUCCACGUGAAAUGCGUCUGCUGCUUAAAUGUUUAUGCUGUGUUGAUAAUAUUAUAUUGUCAUGUGAUACUGUAUAUGUGUGCCUAUUGUGUGAAGAAAGGAGUGACAAGAUGUAUGAGUAUAAUGACUUGCUAACUGUUCAGGAUUCAGAGUUACAAAAAGAUGAAGAAAGACCAAAUCUAAAUAAAACACUUCAUCAUUUUCAUAUGUCGUGUGUAAAGGCUUAAAGUACCAUCUUUGUUGAGGUGGUUCAUUUAUUCAGCUUAUCCAGUACAGUUCUGUAUCAAGUUAGCUUAGCUUUGAUUUCAGAGGCCAUGCUUACUUGUCCAGCAUAGGAAUUAAUGCUCAUGUCUGAAGAGGUUAGGUGGGUCUCAGGUAGGAUUUAAAAUUUCUCUUUCCAGUGGGUUAAGGUGUUGCAGUCAGGAAACCCAGCUCCCUUGAGUUUUUACAUACGAUCAUUUCCCGUGAAGCUUCCACUUCAUAAGGGAUGAAAGAAUAGGUGAGAUGGGAAAACUUCUUGGCAGACCUUCAUCUGCUUCAACUGUAAACCAGAUGUAAAUGUUCAGAGGAGACUGUUUCUUGAUACCCCAGGUAUUUAACAUUCAGAAAUUUGCUUCAGCAUUGGAAAUACCUCAAACUUUUUAUUUUGCAGGUAAGUGUUUUGACUUAAAUACUAACGUUAUAUUGCAGAAAUUUUGGAAAACGGUAACCUUCAUUCUCUCUGUAUUUCAUUCAGUUUUUACAUAUAGGUCAAAUAUGAAUACGUAUGCACAUUCUCUUUCAUUACGGCACCAAUUGUUUUGGUUGGUUUUUCUAAGAUGAUAUUUACAUUUCCUAAUUAAAUUCUGGAGAUUUUGGAGUCUGUACAUGAUAAAUUAUAAUAUAUAUGGUUGAAGCUAUUUUAUUUUCUAUUAACUGGAAUUAUUUUAAUAUUCCUUAUUGAAUAAAUGCUGUAAUUUGUUUGCUAUGGAACUUAUUCUUGAAUGUGAACUAAUUUUUUCACAUGCAUGAAAUGUAUAUCUUAAUCAGAGGUGGCUUAAUUGCAUUGAAAUGGUUUGGUUUUUUUUAAACUAAAAGAACUCAUGUUUGUAUAGAAGAAUGCCUGUUUGAAUUCAGAGUCUGUAAUUGUUUCCUUUGGUUAUAUUUUAAAUCAAAAGGUCUGUAUAAUUAUCAAUUUUGAUUAAUUUUUUUUUUGAAAAACAAAAAAUUAUGUAAUGGUUAAUAGUAGAAAUGUGCCACACUUCUUAAGUUUUGUAUAACAUGAAAUUCAGUUAGAAGAACUUGUAGUUCAUAAUGACUUUUAACAGGUAGAAUAUUACUUGCAUGAGGUACUUACUGUAUGAUUAUCCUGAAAUUUCUGAGUGCACAGGGUAUUUGUGUAAAACUUUUCUUUGUUUUGUCAGUCCUUCAGAAUAUUUAUUUAUUCUGAUAAUUGACCCUCUUGCACAUGGCAGUUUAUUUUCUGGGAUACAUCACUGGGGCGAGGGGCUUCUGCUAGUCUUUGCAGAUUGAGUUGUGCUGUUUAAGGAGGACUGCCAAGCUGCAUCUCUUUUUCUAACUGGGGGACCAAAGGUGCCGCUAAAGCAAAGUUGAAGAGCCCUUCCAACACUUUCUCAUCUGUGGUGAAGACGGAAGCUUAAAAUGUGUUUGGAGUUUUGUCUGUUUUACAAGUACCUUGAUGGCCUAAGUUCUUCCUUGUCUCUUGCCAUUCGAACUUGAUUCUGAAUGUUGCUAAGUAUGAAGAAGAUGGAACAUUCAUACGGCCACUGUGACGGAGGGGAAGGAAAAACGUUUCUUAUGGGCAUUAUGCUCAUCUUUGGAAACACUGAUGUCAUACUCAACUUUCAAAGGAGCAUAUUGCAUCUUAAGACAACUAGGUUAAGUAGGAAGUUUGAAAAAUGCAUUAACUUGCAGGAAAUAUUUUGAUAUAUGAAGUUACCAAUUGAAGGAAUGAUUUAAUAAGUAAAAGUUAAGAAAUGUCUUUGAAAUUGUAAAGCAGCUAAAAAAUAAAUAGGUAAAAGUAACUGUACUACCAAGUGGAGAAUUUUUCAGCCAAGAGGAGAGUCAAAUGAAUAUUGUUUAUUGGUUAGUAACAGUUUAUUUGUAACCUUGAUUAUAUUAAAAGAUAACUUUCUGUUAGUAUGUUCUGUAUUAAUAAAAGUGAACAAAAUUAAUUUUGCUAUAUUCAAGUGUCUUGCUGAAAUAACAGUGCCCCAGUGUUGUUGCUGACAUUUGGUAUUUAGUACUAAAUUUUAGUCGAGGGUCACUGAGUCCAAAUUUUAACAUUUCCAUGCCUAGAUUAGAUUACCAUUUUCUGUAAAUAUUAAUCACUCUGACAGCAUUAACUGCAAGAUUUAUCUGUGUCACUGAGAAAUAUUUGUUCUUACCAGGAAGUGGUCAGAUGGUCCCCUCAGUUACAGGUAGACAGGCUGAAUUUGCUAUAGAUCAAGGGGAAUUUCUGGUAAACAGAAAAUGAAUAACUGGUAGAGAGACAGGGAGGAUGAAACUGAUGAAGUGGGCGGGGCACAUAGGAGGUGAAAAGCCAGGCUGGGGAAGAGGAGCCGCUGAGAGGCAGGGUUAGUGACGCUGCUCAGCCUGCUCACCCACUUCAAGGGAACACCGCCUUAGAAUUAUUGUAUGAUCCUUUGUUGGUUAAGCCGCCAAGUUUUGUUCUUUGUGAACGUGGUUAUUUUGAUGGGAGGGUGGAGGGAGUAAGGAAGUGCUGUUUCAACAAGAAUUUGGUGCAUGAAUGUUUGUUGUAGAAGUUUGAUAAUCUAGUAAAGUGUAUUAGAGCUUUUUUCUUGGCCCAUGACCCAUUCAGUAAACAUAAAAGUCAUAUUUCCCCUAAUGUCAUUUGAAGUUUCAAAAUAAAUAUCAUGUCUAAAAUCA